GACUGGAACGACGAGGAGUUCGCGCAGUGCAACUUCUGGGGUGACCCCCACAUCACCUCCAGCUACGGCGAUUUGGGCGCCUUCGACUUUCAGGGCCUGGGCCUGUGGAAGGCCUCCGUGUCCAGCGCCUGCGGAUACAAAUUCCAGGUCAACGCCUUUACGUGCCGAUUCACUCCGCAGCUCUGGAGCAACAGCAUCACGCGCUACCUGGCCAUUCAGAUCGGCGACAAGAUCAUCUACGUCAACAACACCAAUGUAGGCUGGUACCACAACGUGAAGCUCCGCGUGUUCAAGCACGCCGUGGAAAAGGAUGGCAUCUGUGGUGCCUCCGAGUUGCGCGAUCAGCUUGUCUCGUACGAUGAUGCCGACGUGCUGUUCACGGAGGAGCAGCUGGCUGAGAUGUGCGGUGCCUGCACGGAGCCAAACGCGCCGGCCCCACUCGGUUGUCCUAGCGCCGCCCCGACCAGUCCCGGCUGCGAGUUCAUGAGCCAGUCCACCAACCUCAACAGCUUCGAGUGCACGAAGGACAUGCUCCCGCAAGACGGGGAUGCUCCAGAUGCGGACAACCUCACCAAGUACCUCGAGCUCACCAACAACGGAGAGUAUUGCAUGGCGUAUGUCAGGACGAAGGGACCUGGUGGAAGCAGCAAUUGCAAACAGUACUGCGAGGACAUCGGCUCGAAGUGCGUGGCUGUGUGGGACCAGAUUGCCCGCACGAGCUGCACGUUGGAUCCGGUUGAUAUAUUUGAGAAGCACGGAGCUACCUGCGACCAUCGUGCAAAGCUCAGCGACAUGCUCUGUAUUUGCGACAAGCCUUCUCCAGAGGACCCAUUCCCGGGCCCUCCGCCGGAGCGCGUCUGCGGGGGUGCUGAGCCCUUCAACGAGGCCAAGGGCCUCUGCAAAGUUUGCCUUCCGAACGCCGAGUACAGUGAGACGCCCGUGACCGAGCAAGACCAGCGGCUCCGGUCUUGCAUCUUGGACAUCUGCUCCCUCCCAGACACCGCCACGCUGGAUGACAAGAAGGCCAUCUCCGAGAAUUCCUGCGAGCAAGAUCCGAUUCUUCCUCCCUCCGGCCGGAAGCUCUGUUCAUCUGGAGGGUUCUGUGAGUCCAUCUGUGGCGACAACCUCGUGUUCCCCUCCAUCGGCGCUAGCGCCUGCCAGAGCCUCUGCAAGCCCCUCUUCGAGUCGAAGGUGGCCCCCGGGCUGCGGGGCUUCUGCGACUUCAAGGACUCCUGCCAGGGCCAAGAGUGCAGCGACUCCAGUUACUACUGCCCUUUGCUGUGCCAGAGCCUCGAGUGCGACCAGAAUGUUCAGGAUGGAUGCUCUGGAUGCGAGCAAAGAUGUGCCACGGCUUUCGGCGAUGUGGACGACAUCCUCGAAGAGUACUGCGACGACUGUUACUCCGUGCCCGUCGACGAUUCGGAUCCCUGCAAACGAGCUGGGUUCUGCGCCGAGUACUGCAAGGGCGCCGUGAACGGCAACGAUCCCCUCGUCUUCCAGAAACCUAGCGACUGCGUUGACGUCUGUAACAGCGACGAGGGCUACGACCGCAUCAUCAGCACCGUCGAAUCCCAGUUCUGCCCAAGUGACAUUUCCAAGGGCAAGGCAAAUCAGAUAUGCAAGGGACACCUUUGCAGGAUUGGGGCUGGUGGCAAGCGGAGGCAGUGCUUCGGUCCGUGUGCCAACGCACUCUUGGACAGCACAGGCCUGGGUG